AUGGGAGACUCGGCUGAUGAUGUGCUUAACACUUUAACGCUGGAAGAAGCGGACAAGAAAGAAUACCAGAAAGUAAGAGACGCUUUUGAAAAGCAUUUCAUCUGUAAACAUAACGUGAUAUACGAGAGGGCUAAGUUUAACAAACGGUGCCAGGAGCCUGGUGAAACUGCCGAGGCGUUUAUCACGGCAGUCCACAAGCUAGCUGACCAUUGCCAGUAUGGAGACCUCAAAGAGGAGAUGAUCAGAGACCGCCUCGUCGUAGGCAUUAAAGAUCACGCGCUCUCAGAGAGGCUACAGCUCGACUCAAAGUUGACGCUUACAAAAGCAAUAACUAAAAUUCGUCAAAAUGAGGAAAUUAAAAAGCAACAACCCAUACUGAGACAAACUAGCACGGAUGUGACUACUGCUGCACCUAGCACAGUGUGGAAAAAGUCAAUUGGAGUAAAUGGCCAGCAGGUGGUGUUCAAACUCGACACCGGCGCUGCAGUUACAGCCAUCCCAAAACACAUGUACUCUGCAAAACUGCAUGGGAAACUUUCACCUCCAAACAAAAGACUGUGUGGACCAAGCAAUACUCCCAUUACAGUAGAGGGACACUUCACUGCCAACAUGAGCUACAAGGGCUCUGUUGUGAAGCAGCAGGUGUAUGUUGUUCCAGGUCUAGCUACUCCACUCCUUGGCUUGCCAGCCAUACAGGACCUCAGCUUGCUUACUCAAGUGGACGCCAUUGCAACAGAGAGUGCAUUCACGAAGCAAUAUCCCAAAGUGUUCACUGGUUUAGGGAAGCUAGAGGGAGAAUACAAGAUUAAAUUGAAAGAGAACGCCACACCAUUUGCCCUUGCAGUGCCACGCCGCGUGCCUCUACCAUUAAGAGGGAAAGUUCAAGAGGAGCUGAAUAGGAUGGAGGCAAUGGGGGUCAUUUCGCCCAUCGAAGAAGCAACUGAAUGGUGCUCAGGAAUGGUUGUAGUACCAAAGCCAAACGGAAAAAUCCGUAUAUGUGUCGACCUCACCCGCCUAAAUGAGGAUGUAUGCAGGGAAAGACACAUCCUCCCAGCAGUCGAUGAGACGCUCGCGAAACUAGCUGGAGCUAGAAUUUUUUCAAAGCUAGAUGCCACUGCAGGUUUUUGGCAAAUCCCUCUGCACAGAGAAUCGGCCCCACUCACCACCUUUAUCACGCCAUUUGGCCGUUUUUGCUUCAACCGACUUCCUUUUGGAAUAUCCUCAGCGCCCGAGCAUUUCCAGAAGCGCUUGACGCAGAUGCUGGGUGGCCUGGAUGGAACGGUUUGUCACGCGGAUGACAUUUUGGUGUUUGGCGCCACACCACAGGAACAUGAUGAAAGGCUGCAUCGAGUGCUGCAACGCCUACAGCAGAGAGGCCUCACCCUGAACGACAAGUGCGAGUUUGCAAUGACUGAGGUGAAAUUCCUCGGUCAUAUCGUCAGCGGAGAGGGAAUACGGCCGGACCCCGACAAGAUCAGGGCCAUUGUAGCCAUGCCACCACCCAAGGAUGUGGCAGAUGUCAAAAGAUUCAUGGGCAUGGUGAAUUACGUGGGAAAGUUUUCCCCAAACAUUGCAGAGCUCACCGGACCAAUCAGGGACCUCCUGAAAGCUGAUAACAUGUGGACAUGGGGGCCAGCGCAACAGACAGCCUUCGCUAAGGUGAAAGAAGAGCUCAGCUCAUCGGCUGUACUUGCCCCAUACAGCACUGACAAGCCAACGAGAGUGUCAGCAGACGCAUCGUCCUAUGGACUGGGCGGUGUUUUGUCACAACUUCAAGCAUCAGGAGAGUGGAGGCCAGUGGCCUUUAUUUCCCGAAGUAUGACUGAAACUGAGCGUAGAUACGCCCAAAUUGAAAAAGAGGCCCUGGCCAUCACAUGGGCAUGUGAAAGGUUUCAAACCUACCUCCUGGGCCUGCACUUCCAGAUCCGAACAGACCACAAACCCCUGUUGAGUCUCCUCAGCACAAGAGCACUUGAUGACAUUCCCCCUCGUGUGCUGCGCUUCAGAUUGAGACUGCUGCGGUUCACGUACAACAUUGUGCACAUUCCGGGCAAAAAUCUCAUAGCAGCAGAUGCUCUGUCAAGAGCCCCCCUUCAAGAUGCAGUGAGAGAGGAGGAUCUCGUGCUCCAGAGUGACGUGAGAGCUCACAUCAACGAAAUCAUUCAGCAACUGCCCGCAUCGCCAGAGAAACUGAUCCAGAUUAGGCGAGCACAGGAACAGGAUCCAGUGUGUGCGCAGCUGUCUUCUCUCAUCCGCACAGGUUGGGACAGACUGAGCUCAGCCCCACAGCUGAAGUCCUACUGGCAGUACAGAAAUGACCUGUUAAUGGCUGAUGGUCUCCUGAUGAAGGAAAAAAGAAUUGUGAUUCCAGCAAGCAUGCAAAAGAGCAUUUUGGAGACGCUUCAUCAGGGCCACCAAGGAAUGGUGAAGUGUAUGGCUAGAGCUCAAGAAGCAGUAUGGUGGCCAGGUCUGACAAGUCAGAUAAAAGAAAGAGUACGCAACUGUGAUGUUUGUGUCAAGGAAAGUCACAAUGUACCAGAACCUCUCCUGACCACACCCUUGCCAUCACGCCCGUGGCAAAAGCUAGCCGCCGACCUGUUUGAAUGGAAGAAGGGUCACUACUUAGUGGUCAUUGACUACUACUCCCGAUUCAUUGAGGUCGCUAACCUCACAAGCACCCUGGCGUCAGCUGUCAUUCAGAAAAUGAAAGCCAUCUUCAGCCGUCAUGGAGUGCCUGACACUCUCAUCAGCGACAACGGCCCACAGUUUUCAGCAACAGAGUUUGCCGAGUUUGCUAAAGAUUACAGCUUCCAGCAUCUGACCAGUAGCCCCCGUUACCCCCAAAGCAACGGGGAAGCAGAACGUGCUGUUAGAACUGUGAAAGCCCUGUUGCAAAAGAAUGAGGACCCUCACAAAGCACUAAUGGCAUACAGAGCGACCCCUCUCGCUCAUGGGGCAUCGCCUGCACAGCUCCUAAUGGGGCGUAACAUUCAGACACCUCUCCCAGUGUGUCCAAGCACCCUCACACCAGCAUGGCCAGACUUGAAAGCUUUCGAGUUGAAAGACAAGGAGCUUAAGAGAAAACAGGCUGAGGGAUACAACACCCGACACAGAGCAAAGGAGAAGACACCGCUCCAGCCAGGCCAGAGAGUCUGGAUAAAGAACAUACCACGCACUGGAGUAGUUUCCGGAUCAGCAGCGACGCCGAGGUCAUACGUCGUUGACACUUCGAAUGGCAGUCUCAGAAGAAACCGCUCUCAUUUGAGAGUUGUGCCUUCCCCUUCGACCACUCCAGAUCCGGGGAUACGCACCAGAGUGGGCAGAGCGGUCAAGCCCAUCCAAAGACUGAACUUGUAG